AGUCUCUUUCCUUGUCUAAGGUCUGUCAUUUGACUGAACUCAAAGUCUGAAUGACUGAACAUAACCUUAAAAGUGCAUGGUCAAUAACAAUAACAAUAAACAAGUCAAAAUAAAAAUAAAUAAAAGCCCAAAAUAGAGAAUAAGCACAAGUAGCAUGGGAGUAACAAUUUUAAGUCAAUUUCCAAUUGAUAACAAAACAGGACCUCAAACUAUUGAGCUUUUAUCUAAACGAAUUUUAGCUUUAGGGGCUACUCAGCAAGGUCAAUUUUUAGUAGACUGUGAAACAUACACUUCUGUACAACAGUUGGGACACCCUAGGACAGUUCAUGUUCUACAUAAUUCAGAACAACCUGCUACUGUAUUUUCGUUGCUUGAAACUGGUACCAAAACAAUUCCAUUAGCCACUGAUGGAUUGUUUGAUUUGCUAAUGAUGAAAAUGUCCCAUUUUUAUACUUCCAAAAAACAAACGAAAGCAGAGUCAAAGGGACCAAGGUAUGAAAUAGGAGAUUUUUGUGUCAAAUUGGGAAGUGUAACAGUAAGCAGUAAUUUCAAAGGAAUUUUAGUGGAAGUAGAAUACAGACCUUGUGUAGUACCUGCUUUAUGUUGGGAUUUGAUCAAAGAAUUUUUACAAGGAUUUUUGGGUUUAUCAGCACCUGCCAAUCCCCCAAACUAUUUACAAAAUAGAAUGCAAGAAGUUUAUUCACCAAUAGAUACCAUACAUCAAUAUUUAGAUCAUUUUACAAUAUUUAGGAAGUCUCCUGGAGUAGGCCUGAGACCUUAAAAUCUGUUAUCCUAGUUUAUAGUUCUUAUAUUUAAGCCUAUACAUAUGAACAAUAUUUUAUAUUAUAAUUUAUGAUCUAUUUUUUGAAUAUAAUAUGAAGUAUGACAUAGUUAUAGAAAAUUAUAAAACAAAAGCAUUGACUUCAAAAUAACUACCUAUUGAUAUAAAGAUAAUGACGUUAAUUUAUUGGUUUAUUAACAAAUAGUAAAUACCUAAAUGUGCUAACACAUACUAGAAUAUUUAAUAUUGUUCUUGUCAAAUUAAUUUCAACAACUGUUGCAAAUAUUUAUAUUUUGUAUUUUAAUAAAACAUUUUUUAGGGAA